ACUUGCAAGGCUUUUCUUCCAGCCAUGAUGGCCUGUAACCGUGGACACCUGGUCAGUGUAGCCAGCGCAGCAGGAUUGAUUGGCGUCUACAGAUCAUCAGAUUAUUCUGCAAGUAAGCAUGCAAUCCUUGGAAUGAUGGAAUCCUUAGAUUCGGAACUGUAUCAUGCAGGAAAACAUGGCAUUAAAACCACAAUCAUUUGCCCUUAUUUUGUUAAUACUGCAUUAGCUAGAGGUUUUAAAUCCCAAACCCCCCUUCUUCCUGUUUAUGAGCCGGAGUAUGUAGCCAGAAGGAUCGUGGAUGCUGUUCGAAAGGAAAAGUUUUAUCUACUCAUGCCUCUGAUUUUACACUUUCUUGCUUUCAAAACUCUCAUUCCUAGAAAAAUACUACUACUCUUCGAAUCUUGUAUCAAGUUCCCCGACAGCAUGGAUAAAGCCUUUGGUUCAAAGAAAAAGAACUGA